GCCUCGCGAGCUAGAUCAGAACAAUAAUAAUGUGAUAAGGAAGCAUGCGACGGUAGUAGAUAUUAACUCUCUUCGAUUCACUUGAGGUUUGGCUGGCCAGACCGCGGCAAAACUUGGCCUCUGGGAAAUUGUUCGUAAAGUCUUUGCCAAAGCCGUAAAUAUGGGCGAACGGGAAUUGACUGAGGAUCAAGUUAAAGAAUUUGAAGAAGCAUUUCUGCUAUUCGAUACCGACUGUUCGGGGACGAUAUCAACGGACGAGUUGGAGGUUGUGAUGAAUUCUCUGGGUCAACGUCCAACGGAAGAAGAGUUGAAGCAAAUGAUAGCAGAGGCUGAUGCCGAUGGAAAUGGCGAGGUGGAUUUUGAUGAGUUCCUUAUUUUGAUGAAAAAACAAAUGCAGCACAUGGAUCCAGAGGAUGAAUUAAGGGAAUUAUUUCAGGUCUUUGAUAUGAAUUCUGAUGGAAAGAUAAGCGCGAUGGAGGUUCAAACGAUUAUGUCAAAACAAGGAGAAAGUAUUAAUAACGAAGAACUAAAAGAGAUUAUACGCGAAGCUGAUCUAGACGGUGAUGGCUACAUUGAUUUUCAAGAGUUCAAGCUCUUUAUUAAAAAUCUUGAGAAGAGUCCUGAAGGUCCUCCAGGAUACUUAGUUGUACAAAAAUAAGACGCUCGCCGUUCGCGUAGCGUUUGUUAGUACGCAUGCGCGAUGAGAUUGCAUGUAAAUAUUGCGAUAUAACAUAUUGAUUUAAAAUUGAUUUGUAGGUAUAUUAGGGAAGACCGUAUUUUAACAAAAAUAGGUGGAUUAAAAUGAAGUCAAGUCUGUUAAAUGUGUUAGAAAUUCACACAGAACAAAGCAUUUGUUUCAACCACUUUCAACACAGACCAUAGCGGCCCAAAACUGCGAGAGAAAUUUUUCGGUAAUUUGUCAAUAUAAUGUAAUAUUGUAUAAUUACACAUUAUUACACCAUAUUGACAGAUUACCGAAACGUUUCUCGUGCGAUUUUGGGCUGCCUAUGCACAGAUUUGACUUCCACUUUUUCUUUGAUUAAGUGGGCCAAAUAUUGCCUUAGAACUUUAUUUAUACCAAAUGAGUUGGACAGCAUAUAUUCUUGCAUAUUCUGCAAAGAAAUGGUGUUUCCUAGAUGUGGCAUUUUGGGUUAUUUAUAUUUUUGAUUUCAUUUCAUUUCAACUUCAUUCUUACAGACAUUAAAGACAAAUGAAAAUUUUUAGCUUUGUAAUAUUUAUGGACUUAGUGUAAUGUAAUAUAAAGAGAAAAUGUAUAUUCAACAUUUGAAGAAAAACUAGCUGUAAAUAUAGAUUAUUGCAUUAUUAAAAUGCAUGUAUAGUAUGCAGAUACAUGAUUAUAUAACACUAGAUAAUUGUUGUGCAUUGAAAUAAAUAUUCCUGCUGGACAGUGUAUAAAGCAUGUUUGUCAUUGGAUAUAGUCAAUUCAAACGGUGUAGCAAUGUUCAAGGUUGAACAGAAAAUAUUCAGGAAAAGCAAAA